AGGCGGAGGCGGAGGCGGAGUACGAGAGCGACGCCGAUGAUGCGCCCCUCCCCUCGUUGAGGCGGCGCGCGGCGGCGAGCGACGAUGAGGACGAGGGUGGCGGUGGGAGCGGGAGGGGUUCGCCGGCGCCAUCAUCGACGGUGUUCGACUCCGAGUCCGACCCCGACGGGCAGGGCGCGGCCGUGUUGUACGACGACGACGGCGACGAGGGGCUUUACGACACCGAGGAGGAGGAGGAGGAGGAGGAGAAAUGCGGAUACACGUUCAAUGAGCGCGAGGCUGGAGGCGUUGGCGGCGGAGGCGGAGGAGAUGUCGAAGUGGAGGUGGUUGUGGCGCCGGAGGACGAAGGAAGGUACGAGGCGGAGGAAGGGGAGGAGGAUGAAGUGACGAUGAAAGGAGAGGAGGUGAAGAAAGGGAGUGAGCCGUACGACGUGCCGACGGUAGGCGCUUUCUACGAGCACGACAAUCGCUUCCAGGGCCAGGAAGACGGCGGCCGCAGCCACCGAAGGCAAGUUUUUGGUGGCCAAAAGAUAUGGAAUCCUGAAGAGGAGGCGGUGUGGGUGCAUGAUCGGUUUAAUGAGAUAAAUUCUCAUUCUAAUACCAAGAAUGAGUAUCAUUUCAAUCUGGAGAGACACCUUCCUUCUUCUUGCGCUGGUACUUCUUGCCAAAGAAGGUGUCCACAACACAUGCAGAGUGGUGACAAUGGUAAUUUUGAAGGAACCAAAUCCUACAAUGAUUCCAAGAGCUUUAAUGAUGAGCGAAAUGUGUACAGAGAGAAAGGCUCUAGAAACUACCAAUCUCAUCAGAUGACUUCUGGAAUCUCUUCAGCGCAAGACAAUAGAAAAUCAUAUUCCAGAUCACAGAAUGCAAAGGUUUCAUCUAAUGCGGGUGUGGGAAAGCAUUCCUCUCAGACUCUAAGUUUGCAGCAUGAACAAACCCGUCCUUGCAAGCAAACCAUUAGAUCAGACAUAAGGUCAGCUCCACCAACCUUUUACUCUUCUAGAGCAUCCCAUCAAGGACUCCCUUUUAUUCCAAGAGAGAAAGUACGGCGUGUAACGUUCAACAAACUGUUCUCAUCAGCUGUUCAUAAGGCACAUAAUUCUUCGACACCACAGUCCCAUCCCGUUUUCGGAAGGAAGGCCUUUGUUCCAUCUGUAUUUGUUGAGCAUGGAACUGCUGUUGAUUCUCACCACAUAGGUCCUAUUGACGUCAUGGCCUGCUCUGCUCUGCAUCCCAUGUCAACAUCACAUAACUAUAGCAAAGAUUCAGAAUUCUGGAAUCAAGGUAGAGAUUUAGACAUUGCUGAGACUACCAUACCUUGUACUGAGCCCCAGAUUGCAGUUUAUCAGCAAAUGUCAGUUCAACAACCAAUCCUACCCAAGCCAAGGGCAUCUUCUCAGAUAUUUGUACUGAAAGAUAGUAGUACCAACAAAAUUCGAUCUCAUCCACAAACAAGAUUGAUAAGUUCAUCUGAUGAUGGCGAGGCCACUACACCCCCUGAAACAAACAGUUCUGUAGUGCUAUCGGCAUUGACAGUGCAAGAUGAUAUGAAGGAAGCAGAGAGGACCUAUUUUCUGGAUGGAGGAAGCUUUGUUGCUGAUGAUACAGGAUCAAGAUGCUCUACCCUUGAUGAAUCAGGUUCCACUAGCACUUCAGCAAAAUUGCCAGUUAUGCUGUUCAGUGGCUUGCAUCCUAUGGGGCCUGGUUUUUCUUCGGUUAUGGUUCUGCCGGGAUUUGUGGGUCAACAUCGUGAUGGCGAUUCUGAAAUGGGACUAAUGAUCUCGUUGCCAAUAUCAACUGGUGCUGCUGGAGUUCUGGGAGGAUCAAGCAGUCCACUUAAUUUUGGCAAGAAUUGUCCCCAACCUUCUGAACUUGCAUCUUCAUUAACAUCGCUAAGAGACCAUGCUGCAAGUAAUGGUCCUAUUUCAUUGACUUCCCAAGAAAUACCAGAGGCUGCAAGUCAUGAACCUGUUCAUCAUCAAAACAGAACUCGCAGAUACUCGGAGAUGAGAUUUGCCUUAUGAAAAGUUAACAGUUGAAGUGGAUUAACUGAACCAGCUUUGAGUCGAUAGAAUUUGCAUGAUUUAUUGCCAUUUUGCCAGGCACUUAAGUUCUUUCUUAAGAUCAACUCCCCCGGUUUCGUGUAGAACUACUGUUUUUCCUCUUUUUCUUCACCAGAUGGCAGGUUUGGCUAACUGCUACGGCCAUCUGCAUCGGUUGCACACUUCCAUGGGGUUGCUGUAUCCUGCUCUUAGGUCUCUCACCAUGAGAAUAACCCGAGGUGGUGGUUACUCACGGCAACUCUUGCUCAGCUCUGCCUCUGCUUUCGUCAUCUGCUGCGGCUCCCUGCAGAUUUGCCCGUCGCAUUUCAUUAAGAACUUGGUUUCAUCCUUCUGGUAGCUAGAAAUUCGCAGUAGCCAAUUAGACUGCUUUUCAGUACGGCCCUUAGCAUGUUCGUACCGGUUCAGGGGCUUGCCCCUUCUCUGCUCAAUUAGGAGUUGGGACUUGCCAACUUCUGGAACUGGGAAGUUGCUCAGGUGAGUCUGCUGUCAAAUUCAUUCAGCUUGCUUCCCCUGCACCUGCAGAGAGCGCGGAAACCUGUCAGACUGCUCACUUUACUACUUUGUAUAUAUUGAUUGGAUUGUAUGAAGAAACCGCUAUUCUAGUC